UAGCCAAAUGCCGAAUAGUUCCCACUCCAUAUAUCAGCAAGUCACACAAUUAAGACUCAAUAAACCAAUAAAACAUUCUAAAGAGACUAACAAAAUUUUUGAAUUAGGCUCUGAUCACAAAUUAGAAUUAAAAGCAUUGAAAUCAAAGAACGUCAAGCUUUUGUAGGCUAGUGUACUUAAUUAUGCUCAAGUGUGGGCCCACUUGAAAGUUGUUGAAGUGGGCAGUUGUAAAAAAUUAGAUGGAUGCCCCAUUCGAAAGCUGACUGCCAAAAGACUAUAUAAGCCCGGCAUCACAAUUCCAAUUCACAUUUCACAAGAAGAUGCCAAAAACGUGGCCGGUUUAUCUGUUGCUCUCUUUACUGAUCGCGUUAAGUGCGAGAACGAUUAAGGCCCGCCAAGUGAAGAAAUGUAGCCUGGCACGACAGCUAUAUCGGAACGGUGUGCCUUACAGCGAGCUAGCCGAUUGGCUGUGCCUAGUCGAGGGCGAGAGCUCGUUCAAUACAAAGGCUAUCAAUCCAACCAAUGUGGAUAAUUCCGUCGACUGGGGACUGUUUCAGAUCAACGAUCGGUACUGGUGCAAGCCCUCGGAUGGCAGACCGUCCACAGAUUUGUGCCGCUUACCCUGCCGACUGUUGCUAAGCGAUGACAUUAGAUAUUCCAUUGCCUGUGCGAAAUAUAUCAAACAACAACAGGGAUUCUCUGCCUGGGUGGCUUGGAAUAAUCGUUGUCAAGGUCCAAAACCAAGUGUAAAGCGUUGCUUUAAACGAAGGCAUAGGUAUAUAGGUUAAAUAAGACUCCAAUGAAAUGUGAUAUUAAAGUAAGUGCUAAAUAAAAGUAUUUAAAGCACAUCCUUUAUA